UAAAAAUUGGGUCCCUUGCCAGUAUUGAUUAUCUUAUGUUUCAAAUGCUCAUAUAUUGUGUAUAGAGUGCAAAACCUUGUUAAUUGAUUUGUUUAUAGCGUUACCACGGCCUAUAUCACGAACAGAAAGUGUAAACUCGUUGAAAUUAACGACUGUGAUAAAUGAUUGCGUACGAAAUUUAAAGUGACUACAAACACGGAAAUUUUAGAUGUCCAUCUGGCACAAAAAAAUUACGCGUUUAAACCAAAUUAAAAUUUCAAACCCGUUAAUUAACUUCUAAUUCAAGCUUUUAAUUAGUGCAGUAUGGAUGAGGAGGUUUUAAAAUGGAUUUUGGGGUUGGUGUGUCUCAAAGUGGCGGACUGGAAACGGUAAGAGCCUUGCACCAAACUAUCGUAGCUUUAAGAACAGCUUUAGAACAGAGUAAAAACGAAAUUUUGGAAUUGAAAUCAAAGGCAUGGCCUAUAGAAUCGGUACAAGAUGUUAUUAGGGAUUUAUCCAUUGAAAAUCAUAUUCUUAGACAAAAAAUAAUUGAACAUGACUCAAGCUUGCACGGGUCUCAAGUUUUAAACUCUGACAAUGAAAUAGAUGAAUUGAUUGAAGAAAAAAAUAUAGAUUUAGUCGAUGAACAUACAGUAGAACAGGUUUUGUCUGAAAAAGAAACAGAUAAACAUGAUACUGAUGAAGAAAUAUUAGUUCAAACUGAAGAAGAUGCGCAAUUAAAUGUAUCACAGACUCUAGUUACAAAUGAGCCUAUAAAAACUGAUAGUACUGCAAGUACAAAACAAAAAAAUGUAAAAAAAGUCACCAUAAUUUCACCUCCAACAUCAUUUCAACCCACUCCAAGACAGCUAGAAACAAGAAUCAUAAUUAAAGCACUUAAAAAGAACAAUAAAAAUUCGAGAUCUUUAGAGAGCCUCACAGUUCUUAAAUCGCCUUUGGAUAAGAAAAUAUCAUUGUCCAAGACAAUCAGUUUUGCAAACUUACUGUCAAUUAAAAGGGAGCUUAAUUUCAACACUGAAAAUACUACAAUGACUGACCAAGAGGACAUAGAAGAAAGAGCUACUGGGAAUCAAUACAAUGAGGAAAUGAUAAGCCCGCAAAAUGAUAUGGAUCAGGAGGUUGAUGAUAUUGAACUGAUUUUUACGACGGAUGAAACUAAAGAUCAGGAUUUUAAGGAGGAAUUGGUGCCUAUAGAUGCUACAGAGUCUAAUUCAAACCUCCUCAACUUACCUUUAAGUGAUCUUGAUCAGAUAUCAGAUAGAGAGUUAGAUGAUGAUGUUUUUAAUGAAGGGGUAGAUGAGAAUGCUCAGGAUUUUCAGAAUCAGUCCUCCUUUGAGUUGAAGAGAGAAAACUCGAUAUUCAACUCUCGAUCCGACAAUUCAAUCAAUCACGAGAAGAGCUUGAAAAGUUACUAUUCAUAUCAGGAUUCAAGUUUUGAGAACAAGUCUUUGGAGAAGGACGAGAGUUUUGAUAGGUUUGAAGAAAGAGUUAGAAUUGUAGAAACAGAUAUUUCGAAGUGUGGAAUCCAUGAAGUUGAAUACGUUGGUGGUAGAAGAAAUACCUGUCCUAAUCCAAUACAAUAUAGGCCUCUAUCACAUAGGGAUGUAAUGAGUAAAGGUAUAAACUCCAAACGAGUUAGGCCUAUUCUAACUCAUUCGAAUGCAGUUAGAAGGGAAUCCGGGGCCCAAACUGACAUCUCAGCUUUACCAGGAUCAGCAUGGCGAUCUGAGAGCAGUUUAGCUCAUAAGGCUAAAUUAGGUGAUCAUUUCACCACUCUUCCAUCAAAGUAUCCAAUGCCAGGAUCCCGUUUACGGUUGUCCGAAAAGACAGUCGAGGCCAGAAGAGUUCUAUUGUCAGAUAUUGGUUUUACUAGCAUGGUGCCAGAAUUAUCCAGAUCUGCCGACCAUCUAUGCCCUGGCGCUUUAAAACCACCAACAGUAACAAACUAUGGACAAUUUUUGAAAGCCACUGAUUUAUACUCACCAGGCUGUUUGUCACAAAAAUUUACUUGGACUGCCAAUACUGCUACUCCUAGCGAGAGCAGUCAAACCCAAUCGCGUUACAGCAGUAUAUAUCCAUUGUCUCCCCCAGCACCUUCAAGGAGAUGCUCUGUACCAGUCUCGCCAUCCAGGAGAGCUGUUUUGAAGUCUACGUCUUCAAGAGUGAGGUUUGCAAAUGGUUCUUUGCCAGAACUACGAACAGACUGGAUAACAGUUGAUAGUGGAGAUAGUACAGAUUCUUUGGUGGAUGAGGCUGAAAAUUUUCUUAGAAGAUCUAUAGAUUGCAUAGUGACCAAUAAAGGAUCUGUCUCAUAUGGAGAAAUUAAAAAGACUGUGCCUAGAAGAGCCUCAGCCCCAGAACCAGCAAGGGACAACGUUCCUCCACAGGGCUGGCAACCGUUUUUGCCACGAUUACCAAGAGAUUUAAAAUUGGACAACUGGGUGAAAGUGAUUACGCUGGAAGGUAGAGUCAGGGGAGGUAGAGUUAGGUAUAUUGGGGUUGUAGCAACACAUGGACAAGAGCAAUAUGUUGGUGUUCAAUUAGCUUGUCCAGAGGGCGUUAGUGAUGGUGUUUAUGGAGGGAGAAGGUACUUUCAGUGUGAACCAUAUCAUGGUAUAUUUGUACCAUUCAAAAAAGUGAUUAUGGGUUGGCGACCAUAAUUUUGAAAAAAAAGAGCUGCUGAUCAAGGGAACAGUUUUGGUUGUUGAAGAUAGGUUGUAGGUAGUUAAUGCAUCUGUGUAUAAAAAAAAAGAAAUAAUAUAAACAAAGUAUAUGUGCCAUAAACUAUUUUCCUAUAACAAUUUCUAUCCAAUCCAAAAUUUCUAGAUUUCUGUUACAUUUAGGCCUAAAAAACCAAAGAUAUUUUAGAGGAUAUAAACUUUUAAACCCCUUACUCAAUAAAUCACUUUUUGUAUAUGUACAAAGUUAGUACAAAUACAAUUUAGAACAAGAUCUUCCAAUUUAAAAUUGUCUCUAUUCUUGUCCAAUGUUGGUGAUAAUUUUUUCUACCUAAAAUACUUUUUUAAGUCUAUUUUAGUUAAUAUGGCUCUUUAAAAAACAAUAUUAUAACCAAGAUUUUAAAAAAUGAUGCUUUAUGAACUGCCGCUGAAAGGGAAUUUUUAAAAAUUAAUGAUUUUUUUUAAAUUAAGUACUAAAUAAUUGGAGAAAUAUACCUAGUCAUUUAUUGGUGUUCUUAGCUAGUAAGGUGCCCUAAAUAAAUAUUAAAAAUAUAUGUUAAAAGCACUAUCGUAUUGGUUAAGUCAUUCUAAAAGUCAAGUUAAUGUGAUUUGAAAUGUAUCCAAAGAAAUUCUAUGAAAUUUUCGAAUCUCGGUCUAUGCCAAAGUUUCCAAAUGCACUUAUUUGCUUAAAGAAUAUAAAUAAUACAUUUGAGUAGCCUAUUUGGAAUUGAAAUAUGUAUUUUUAUUAUUUAAAACUGUUAUCUUGCUUAUGUGAUCAAGAAAAGUUAUACUAUCAUAUAGCAAAGGAAUAAAUACAUAUGUAAAUUGUUAUUUUUGUAAGUAACAAAUACGUUAAAUUUCAAUUCAGUUCUUUGUAGGCAUAGUGUUAAAAUGGAGAGAUAUAUAGAAUGCUAUCAGUAUUAAAAAAAAGACUUGCAAAUAUGUUACAAUAUCUUAAUAAAUUUAAGAUGGAAAUAAAUGUUAAACAAUA